UGGUGGAAGUGGUGGAAAUGGUGAUGUUGUACGUAAAUGUGCUCAAAAUCAAAGUGAAUUGAAUGAUUGUAAUAGGGAAAGUCAUCCCGUAAUAAUUUCAGGAUCAUUAGAUAAUAUAAUUAAGAUAUGGUCAAUUGAAACGGGAGAAUGUCUCAAAACUUUAUUUGGUCAUGAAGAUGGAAUUUGGUCACUUGCAGUUGAUAAAUUACGACUGGUAAGUGGAGCUCAUGACCACACGGUUAAGAUUUGGGAUAAAGAUUGUUCUGGUGAAUGUAUGCACACUUUAUAUGGUCAUAGUGGAGCAGUUAAUUGUGUUGCUUUAGGUGAUACCAAAAUUAUUUCUGGUAGUAAUGAUACAGAAAUAAGAAUUUGGGAUUUUAA